CCACUGGGGGAGAAAGCGAGAGAAAGAUAGAGAGGGAGAAAGAGAGACAGUGAGAGAGACAGAGAACGCAAAAGCGAGUUACACAUAGGCCUAUGUGACAACCACGGUAAAGGUUUGUUGGUUCGAGUGAAUAACUAAAAAAAAUGAAAACCGAGUGGCCUGGUUUGCAGUACUUUCUACUCAUAGGUCUAAACACUUGUUCAGUUUUGACAGCACAGUUUGGUGUGACUAGAGAUGGUACAAACGAAAUCAGACCGGUUGUGUUAUCGAUUGCUUACCUCUGGCGUAACUGCUCCUAUCUCCUCUUCACUGACGGCGAGACCUCAGGCUAUGAAGCCCUGGCCAAGGACAUGGCCCAAUCCCUGGAGUUACGAGGGGCAGCCCUAUUCGACAACUCUGCCGAAGGAACCAGCGACAAUUUCACCGUCAGCGACAGAAUCACAAGUGUCGCCAGAGAGGUACGACUCCACUUCCUCUGCGUCGUAGUCGUCGUCGUGAGCGACCGCCUGAUUUUCCUGGAGUCCUUCGCCGAGUCGUCCUUGAGAGGACGCCUCCUGUCGGGGACUUCCACUCUGAUCGCCGUGGGACGUCUGCGCCCUCAGGACGUGGAGGCCCUAUCGGCUCACUGGACCUUUUCCAUGUACAAUGCGCUCGUCUUCGCUCCAGAAUCCCCCGACGGGACCUCCUCCAACGGGAAAUCCUCCAGCGGGAGCUCCAAGAGAUGGAACAUGUAUUACCACAUGCCUUUCACAGCCUCCGGCGGGCGGUGGAUCAAAUUAGGAUACUGGCUCCGUUCCCGGGGACUCAUCUUGCAAGAGGACCGGCCCCUGCUCCCACAAAAAUUCUCAAACCUGUACGGCGCCACCGUCAAUAUCAGCGCUCUUCCAUACAAGCCUUACUGGAUGGAAGAGACGAACUCCAAAGGCGACAUAAUCUACUCAGGCUCUGACAAACUGAUGCUGGAUGCCAUGGAAUCCACUCUCAACUUCACCAUGAGGGCUCUGAAGGUCUCAACUUGGGAUGAGGUAGUCCAGAGGGUGUUGGAGCGCAAAGCGUGGACUGCACCCAUAAUCCAUGCUGUGUACCCAGCACGACUGAAGCGAUUCGAUUUCACGAGGACGUACGAACACGACAUCAACCAAGCUUUCGUCAUGGCAAAGCCUGUUCUUAAGCCCCAGUGGCAGAGUCUGUACUAUCCACUGACCAAUGAAGUGUGGCUUUGCAUCUUUGGAACGCUCCUGAUAUCCUGCGUGGGACUGAUUGGGGUUAUCAGAGGAUCAGAGCAAAUGCAACAGCACAAGAAAAUUGCCUCAGGAGGUGUCCUUCUUGAAGUACUGGGAACACUUUUGGGCCAGGGGGGCCUCAGUGAUCGUUUACCUGCGAAUUUUUCGACGAGAUUGUUAGUACUUAUCUGGCUGUUCUUCGCUUUCAUUGUGGGAACACUCUACAAGGGGAACUUGGUGGCUUUUCUUGUGGCACCCAGAUACCCUCCAAGGCCAGAGACAUUGGAAGAACUGGUGAAAGUUGUUAAAAGGGUAACAAUGCCUUCCUUUGGAGACACACUGCGAGAACUCCUGAGGAACUCCGAAACAGAUUCCCUGAGAUCCCUUGGCAACAUGAUGGUGUUAGGGUAUGACGUUGAUGAAGGCUUGAGACUGACUCUCCAGAACAAAUACCCACAUCUCGGUUCGCUGCGUUUUCUCCAGUACCAAGUGGCAGAGCAUUACACAGAGGCCGACGGCACGUCUCCCCUUUAUCUGGGCAGGGAAGGGGUCAUGCCAAUUCUCAAUGCGUGGCCUAUACCCCACGACGCCCCUUUCAAAGAGGAUCUGGAUUUCGUCAUCCUAGGAUUGAUAGAGGGAGGCAUCUACAACAAGUGGAUGGAAGACUGGCUAAACGAAGCCAAGAAAGUAGGCCGACAGAGCCGCAGGAGGCAGUUGGAAGCAGGCGUUCCCCUGGAGAGCUGGACGGGAGAUUUCCCCACAGAGGCCUCCAUCGACAGCGAGCCGAGGGCUCUCACUAUCGUCCACUUCCAGGGGCCUCUGAUGCUCCUGGGCUUCGGUAUGGUCUUCGCGGGUGUGGCCUUCAUAGUGGAGAGCUUCGUCGAGUGGUAUUCUUCCGCCAAGGCCGGGGAAAUUAGACUCAGGUUGAAGGAACAGGCUAUAGAGAAGUUAUUUUAGGCUACGUGAUAUUUAAAUGGAAGCCAUUCUUAUUUUUUUUCUUUAAAUUUCGAAAUUUACGCAUUUAUUUAAGAUGUAUUUGUGAUUGGUCUAUUGCUAUAAAAAACAGCUGUGUGAUGA